CUCCAUAUAUACAACACGAUGAAGAAGGGAAAAAGAGGAAAACCCUAAUUUCAUUGUUAUUGCUUUAGGAAAACCUCUGUUAGCUCUUCCUCUCGCGAAAAUCCCCAAAUUACUUUGAGGAUCUCGAUUUCCCUAGCACCAAAUCACCAACAUCCUCACACCAUGUCGUGGCACGGCGUCUUGCCCGACGAAGAGGACAGGAUCGAUCUCCCCCUUUACAUCUCGCCCGCCACUCCCCCUUACAUCUCGCCCGCCACACUUCUCCCCAAGGUGUGAGCUUACGAGAUGGCGGCGCCGGAUUCGAUCUGCGUCCACCACCUGGUGGCGCGACCGGCAGGAGGUGAGCACGCCAAAGGAUUAGCUGAGCUCAAGAUUGUGGAAGGGGCAAUCGGGAAUCUGAGCAGGGAGGCAUUGCCAGGGCCGGUGUAUGGGUUCCAGGAGCUAGGUCUGGCGGAAGCAGUUCUGCACAACUUGGCGAGGUGUCAGUUCGAGACCCCGAGUCCGUUGCAGUGCUACUCGAUCCCGAUGGUGCUGGCCGGCCGGGACCUGUUGGUUUGCGCGCAGAAGGGGUCCGGGAAGACGACCGCCUUACUCAUCCCGGUGUUGAGUGGGCUGGUGACGGCGCCGGUAGCAGCAGGAAGAACAGGACGUAUGAAGUGUGUUAAACCACGCGCGCUCUUGCUCGUGCCUACCGCCAGGCUUGUAAAACAGAUUGGUGCUGAUAUCAGGAAAUUCUCUUACCGAACUAGAAUAAGAGUUCAUUCAAAGAUGAAAGGGAAGAUGCAGAAAUGUCAGCUUGAAGCGGGCAUUGAUAUAGUUGUUUCUACACCCCGACGUCUUAUCAACAUGGUUAGAACCACUCAAGUCUCCCUUGAGGCAAUAAAGUAUCUGGUCAUAUGCGAGCUUGGUUUGAUGCUGGAUAUGGGGUUUGAAAAAACGUUAAGGAAGAUAGUUGAUGACAUGCAUAUUCCACCGAAAUCUGCCAGACAUACUUUACUUUCCAGCGGUACUUUCCAACCAGCAGUACAGAAACUGGCUUGGGAUUUCUUGUCAGAUUACUUAUUUAUCACCGGUGGGAGGUUGGAGUUCAGUAUUGGCCUAACUAAGCAGAAAAUUGAGCUUGCCUCUGAAGAAGAGAAAAGAGGCCUCCUGCUAAAUCUGUUACAGAAGCAAUCCGUCUCUUCUGCCGGCAUGCAGAGCCAACUCAGAACAGUAGUUUUUGUCGAGACAAAAGGAAAGGCUGAUUCAUUGAAGAAUUGGCUAUGCAAUGAAGGUUUUCCUGCAACAGUGAUCUUUGCUGACAGUUCACAGCAGGAGAGAGAGAGCGCAUCGCUACCUUUCCAGAUUAGCGGCAUUUCUAUCCUGAUUGCUGCCAAUGCAGCCUCACCAGGCUUGGACGUUGCAAAUGUUGAUCAUUUGAUUAACUAUGAUCUUCCAAAGUCUGUUGAGGAAUAUGUUGAGAGGAUUAGAACAUUUGCGAGAGUUGGUUCUGCCACUUCCUUCUUCACUGAGUCCAACCGGUCCAUAGCAAAAGGCUUGCUGGAAUUGAUGAUUGAGGCAAAUCUAGAAGUGCCAGAUUGGCUGUUGGACUAUGCUAAUCCUGAUUAUACUAGAUCUGUGGAAUUGGACUCAGAAGAUGAGGAGAAUGAUAAGGACAGAUAUGAUUUAGCUCGGUCUCUCGCCUCACGCAAGAUUGAUAACAUAUACGAUCUGGCAUGUGUUUGGGCUGAAUUAAAUUGCAGGAGAACUAAGCAAAGCUUUGAUGAUAGUAGGAUCAAGACAAUGUCUAAAGAUUGUUGUAUUGCAUUUACACAACAAGAAGAAUACAAGUUCCUCAAGUUCUAUUUCGUCAAGGUUACUCAGCAUUGUUAUAGUCCUGAAAGUUAUGAAAAAACCUAUUGGCAUUACAAUUUCAUUGCCAAGAUUAAGAGUAAAUCAGGAAUCUGGACUGAAGGUAUCUACUUUGCUGAAAGAAAAUUAGAAUGUGAUGUGGAGACAUUUUGUUGCUCUUUCCUGGAGCCGUCAGACGAUGGUGAGUGCUAUGGUUGUCAACAUGGGGAGGCGAAGGUUCGGCAUCCAACUAGAGGUGACUAUGAGAGAGGAACACCUGAUCAUGUUUGGCUUUCCGAUGGUGACUGUGAAAUUAGUGAUGAUGAUAUGGUGGAUUUCUAAACUUGUGUAACAUUGCAUUUUCAAUUUGUGUACUGAAACACCAUACUUGUUGCGUGUGUAGGCAUUAACCUUUUACCACUUGUACUAAGGUUAAUUCAUCUCAAUGAGAGUACAAUGACAUGUUUCCAUUUUAAUUUCAAAGCCGUACAAUGGCAUGUUUAUAUGGAA